AUGUCAUUCAGUCAUCAAACGGGUUUUAAUGGUACUUAUGAGGAGUAUUAUGAAUAUAUUGGUUUGCGCCACAUUAUGAAUGGUGAAACUCCAUCCGACUGGAAAAAUAGGAUUUGGGAUCGUCUAAU